AUGGAUGACAGUCACCUGCCCAACAUUCUCCUGCGGCAGGAAACAAUCCUUCAGCAUGACGAGCACGACAAAGUCCGUGUCCUUCGAGAUACCGAUCUCUUGAUUCAAGGGGAGAAAAUCGCCCAGAUCGGUAGAGAUUUGGUGGUUGGACCAGAUACCAAAAUCAUAGAUUGCAAAGGCAAGGUGGUCUCGCCUGGUUUUGUCGAUACCCAUCAUCACGUCUGGCAGACCCAACUGAAAGGAAGGCACAGUGACGACAGUCUUCUCGACUAUACUGCAAAAGGGAACUGGCAACCGUUCAAUUAUACUGCGUGCGACGUCUUUUGGGGUGAACUGGGCGGGUUAAUGGAGGCCAUUGACGGAGGUACGACAUGUGUUGUCGACCAUGCUCACAUGGCGUACUCGCCGAGUCACGGCUUUGCUGCUCUUGCUGCCACUCUCAGUUCUCAGAUAAGAUCGGUUCUAUGCCUCAGUGUGACGCCUCGGCUGAAAAGAUGGGAUACUGAAGUUGUUCCGGAUAGUCAGAUCCUACCUGAUUGGUUUUUCCCUUUGCUGCGAGAGCUUCAGCAGAAAAUUCAACGGCAAGAUGGAAGAGUGGAUAUGGGAUUGGGGUUUGACUCUUACAAUCUGCCCCGCGAGGACGUGGUACGCAUAUUCGAAACCGCCCGGGAUAUUGGGGUCAAGGUCAUCACCUCCCAUUGGCGAAGAAAUAAUAUUGCCGGCAUGGGUCUCUCCGUGCCCAAAGCGUUAGAACAAUGCGGACUUCUCAAAUCCGACAUUAUAUUGUCCCAUGCCACGGGAUCAACUGAGGAGGAGCUCGAAAUUUUGAAACGUUCGGGAGCAUUCAUUUCCGCAACACCUGGGACAGAGUCCCAGAUGGCUCAUGGCGAGAUAAUCGGAUUUAGGAAUGAUGUGCGAGGCUCUAUAGGAGCCGACUGUCACUCGAACAAUCCUUCAUCCUUGCUCCAUGCGAUGCAGGUCGGUCUCGCUGUAUCACGUUCCCAUCGCAACUCUCGAAUAUUGGCGGAUGGAAAAUUCCCCCGAAAGAUCGAGCCUACGACAGAACACGCCUUCAAUCUGGCAACCAUCCGGGGUGCCCGCGCCGCAGGUGUAGCAGAUAAAGCCGGCAGCCUGAGAGAAGGUAAGGCAGCAGAUAUCAUUGUGAUCGACGGUAGCACGCCAGCCAUGUGUUGUGCCUUUGAGCAUGAUCCAUUAGUCGCGGUCGUCAGACACGCUGGGGUGCAAGAAAUAGAAACUGUUAUCGUGGGGGGAAAGAUCCUCAAAGAACAAGGUCGACUGGUCAAGGUCCGCUUCAAUGGGCCGGAGGUCUGGGAUCGCAGCGACGAAGUCCUCUCGGUAUUCGAACAUGAAAGCAUCCCUUGGUCCACGGUAGCAGAGCAGCUGCGGAGCACGAGACGCGAUAUUCAGAAGAGGAUUGAUUCUUGCGAUAUGGAUGUUGCAAAGGGCGAGAUUCUCAAGCUUUGGGGUUCAAAGACUGGCGAGGAUAUACUUGUGUAG